UUUAACGUUUCCAGUCGUGCACGAAUUGUUGAUAGCUCAGCAGUGAACUCCACUAAGCAGAAUUAAACCUUUUUUUUGAUUUUAGAGUAGAGAUUCCACAGUUAAACAAGUUGUUGCAAAUUUAUCGUAAUUGAAUUUUGAAAAUAAAAUCUAAAACAACAAUGGCACUAAGCAAAUUAACUUUCGGAAAACUGCUCGAACUGGUACUUACCAUUACCUGUUUGGGUCUGCAUUAUAACAGCAUGGAACAAAGCGAUAUGCAUACGAUUCUCAUUACUGCUGGUACAUUCGUAGGGUACACCAUCAUUUUAGUUGGAUUGUUCGCAGGAUACGUGAUGAACACUCCAAUCAACAAACGUAUCGAUAUUUUCUUCAGUUUAAUUGGAGCAGCCCUGUUCAUUGCCGCCGGCGUGAUGGUCAUUCAACAUUGGGAAAAUGGAUUUAAAACUGACACAAGAAAACUCGCAUUAACAAAAGGUUCUUUGGCAAUCAUAAAUGGAGUACUGUUCUUCUUGGACACCAUUCUUACAUUCAGAGAUUAAACUUGACAAAUUGUAAUUAAUUUUUGGAGGCACAUCUUUUAUAAAAUAGAGACAAAUCAAUUUUAUUAACUAAAAAAAAUAUUAUUGCGAUGUUUGGCAAUUGGAAAGACAAAAGAAAAAUCGAAAUUUCGUAGAACUACUACUGAUUUGAGACAAUAUCUAAACUUUUUUCAGAAUUAAGGCCAGGGUCUCAAUUCUCAUAAAUUCGUAACUCAAAAUAUUGCUAACUUGACAGUUGCCUGUGUAAAAUCCCAUAAGAACUGUCAAGUUACGAAUUCUUAAAGUUACGAAUGAGAAUUGAGGCCCAGGGUGUAGAUUCUCAUGCCGUUCGUAACUUUAAGAAUUUGUAACCUGACUGUUCUUAUGGGAUUUUAUACAUGCAACUGUCAAGUUACAAAUAAUAGGAGUUACGAACGGCAUGAGAAUCGUAGUCCAGGCCAUUACAUGCACGCACCUUGCUUUAUUACUAUAUUUCAAAUAUUUGUAUGUUUUUUUUAUAUAUUUUGUAAACGUUUUUAUUGUAUUAAAAUACACUUGAAAAGGAA